AUUUUUACUGAAUAUUCAGAUUAGGAUGCAAUUUAGUAGGCUUCACAUAUGCUUAAAAUGCAUCUGAAGGGGUUGGGAUUUUCAUGUUACAAUUACACUGCUAGCAUUUGCUGAAGUUUUAUGUAUUCAGUUCUUAUAUGACCAAACCAGUAUUCAAUAUUUUUGGACUAUGAGACCGCAGAACAUAGUUAGCUAUGUGUAUAAAUAUACUCGUAAUUUUAUAAAAUGAAGCCUUGCAUGGUCUUUGUAUGCUAUAAAUUAUUAACUAUACUUAAUCCUUGAAAGAGUCUCUUUGCAUCGAUCACAUUAAAGAAUAUAGAUUAGAUAUAGACGUUAAAGAAGUGUAUGGUUCAAGUUUAUGCAUGGUGUUUGAUCUUACAUGGAGUCCACUACUUGAUGGAAUCAGCCCGAGCAGAGAUUUGUUACUCUUUGUAUUUCUAGUAUAAGAUAUGAGUGGCAAUUCAGAUUUACUUCAAGAUAGACAGUGAAUGGGGCUUUAAUAGCUUGUUUUCUUGCAUUUUAGCAUUGCAGCUAUCUUUUAUACUUUGAUAACAUUUAAAGUUCCUUUUGCAGUUUUUUCUUUAUGUUAAUUCUGAUAUGACCGUUUCAUUUCCUCUCUUAUGUGCCAGAACUUGUAGUGGUUUACAGAGUCUGAAACUCUGAAUCGUUUGCUGCCCUCUUUAAAUAUAUGUUUGAAGAUAUGGAAAUUUUUUGGGAGUCCUGCUCCCAGUACUUCUGGACUUCUUUUCUUCCUCAGGGAUGAAACUCGGGCAUAUGAAGCUGAAGCAUCACAGUUGCAGGGUGAGCUUAGGCUUCUGUAUUAUCAAUAUGACAUGCUUACUGGUUAGGCUUCUGUUUUGAUCCAUGGUAGACAGGGAAGAGUUGGUGGAGCAUCUACAGUCAGUGGAGAUUAUACACCUAUAAACGAUGGAGAUUGUACAACUAUAAGCUAUAGACUCUUGGAAAGAAAUUUGGAGGUAUGUAAGGGAAACAUGUUUAUGUCAUUGUAAUUCAGAUGAAUGCAGUUCUCGGAAGGAUUGGUUCUUCAGCACAAGAGUUGGCCCAUGUAUUCAGUCAGAGUUGCUUUCAGUUAGCACAGAACUUUAGCAAGUUCUUCUUCAACCUGGUUCUCAAAUACCAUGAAUACCAUAUUUUACAUGUAGAAUCAUCUGUGCUUCUGUGCUUUUAAUCUAACUCUUUAGUGCAUUCCCACUUUUCUUCUAAUGAAGAGCUUUAUUUAUCUAAUGGGCAACUUUAUAUGAGGGUCAGAGUUGCUUUCAGUAUAUUAGAUUAGUAAAGUGGAUUAUGCUUUAAGUGCAUUAGAUUAUAUUAAUCAAAUGUCCAGUACAUUAUAUUAUCUUCAAUACUUUUCAGAUGUCCAUCAAUAUUCUCUGCCAGCUUUAUCUCUAUAAUCAUCUGUAUUGAAAAGUAAAUUCUGCACUCUGUGCCAGCUUUUAUUAUGUCGUGAAUUCUGCAGUCUCUCUUACUUUCUUCUCUCUUUCAUACUCUUCAUGUAUAAGGUUUUUCUUUUUAAGAACUUUUGUACUUAAAAGAAGAAAAGCCACUAAGCGAUAUAAAGUUGAGAACAAGGUCCUCAUUUAGUUUCUAAAGAGGGCAAAUCUAAGUGUUCAAGGGUGAGUGAUGAAGACACCUCAAAUCUCAUAGUAAGAGGUAAUCUUUUAUGUGGCUUAUGCAGCCUAUGCCUCACUGUUUUGUGUUCCUAUCCUUCCCUUUCGCCACGUUAAUUUUUUAAAUAUCUAUAUUUUGAGUGCAAUAUUUACCUGGUCUUUUGAUUGCAGACCAUAUGAAAAAAUUCUCAUACAUCAUCAGUAUGUGUCUGAGGCACAACAACUUCAUGCCAUGAAUGAGCGUGCAUUCUAAUUCAAAGUUUGCAGCAACUACUAUUGGCAUCUUCGAUAACUGCACAUCUGAUACCGACACUUUGGGAUCUUGAGAGGGAAAUGGAGGUAAAACAGGAGCACCUUUAUAAAAGAACAGAUGUGAUGAUAAACUGACUAUAAAAACUUGCUAUGAGGAACCGUGUGUCUUCAGUAACUUCUUCUGCAAUCCUGAGCAUUUGAAGGGGAAAGGAGAGUUGACUGCGGGGCUGGGGGUUCAGCAUUUGCAGCAACUACACAGGAGAUCACAACUUUGGAGUCAGUCAUCAUUUUCAAACAGGUUUUGGACAAAAAUUACUGCUUUCUGAUGUUAUCAUUUGAGGAUAUCGAAUUGUUCAAUCUGUUAUAAAGGAAGGUAACCGUACUCCAUUCAAAAUUACAUAACAUGAAACAGUGGAAGACAAUGAUAACAUACCAUGUUUCCUUACAUGUAACACUCUAUAUACUCUAUGUAUAGGUACAAGUCAACAGCUUAUAGUGUUAUGAAAAGUGAAUAAUAUAAUAACUUUAUCCAUAUCCAAUAUUCCCACUCAUGUCAUGCAGUAUUUAUUCUAUCUUUAAAUCAUGACGUAUUGUCACUCACACACUUCCUUAUGCAAAAGAGGUGCGAUAGUUGAUGAUCGCCCAUAUAUUAAAACCAGAGAAAUUGAUAUCACCAACUAGUACAUACCUCUUUUAGUCGAAAGUAGGGCAAAAGGAAAACUAGCUCCAGUCAGUCCAUCCCCAAUGGCAAACUCAAACUCACUCGUAAAAGUGGUGGAAGUUUGCAGGGUUGCUCCAAACCCAGGCUCACCGGACUCAGCCACACCAGAUUCCCUUCCUCUAACCUUGUUCGAUAUACGUUGGUUAAGGUUUGCACCGGUGCAGCGCCUGUACUUUUAUGAAAUAUCUUCUACUGACUCCAUACUUCCCAAACUCAAAGCCUCCCUCUCUCUCACACUCCAACACUUUCUGCCCCUUGCUGGAAACCUCACUUGGCCCCAAGACUCCCUCAAACCCAUUCUCUGUUAUGCCGAAGGUGACACUGUUUCACUUACAGUAGCUGAAUCUGCUGCUAAUUUUGGCCAUCUCUCAAGCAAGUACGACUUGCUUGGAGUCCAAGAAUACCAUCCUCUUGUACCCCAGUUGGAAGUAUCUCAUGAACGAUCUGCAGUAAUGGCAUUGCAAAUCACUAUCUUUCCCAACCGAGGCUUUUCCAUUGGAACAUCAAUGCACCAUGCUGUCUUGGAUGGUAAAACUUCAACCUCCUUCCUUAAAUCAUGGGCUCACAUAUGCAAACAUGAAGAACUGGGAUCUUCAUCUAGUUUGUUACCAGAUGAGCUAAAGCCAUUUUAUGACAGAAUGGUCAUCCAAGACUUGGCAGAGCUUGGGGCACUCUACUCGGACCAAUACCAAAACAUGGAUGGCCCCAACAAUAGAAGCUUGAUGGUCUGGAAUUUUCAAGCUCCACCAGAGUCAAUUCGAGGCACCUUCAAAGUCUGUCAUGCAAAAAUACAAAAACUAAGGCAACAUGUCAUGACUAGGAUGGUAAAGAAGAAACAACAUGAUGAUUCAGAAGCUUCAGUACUUCGUUUAUCAACGUUUUCUCUAGCAUGUGCCUAUACAUGGGUUUGCUUAGUCAAAGCUCAAGAAGCCAAAGAAGAUAAAACACGACUCAUAUUUCCAGUGGACUGUAGGUCUCGCUUAGACCCUCCUAUACCUGCAACAUAUUUUGGUAACUGCAUAGCAGGCCGUUUGGCAAUUGCAGAAACAAAAGGGCUAUUGGGAGAAGAUGGAUUAGUUGUGGCUGUGAGCGCAAUUAUUGAAGCUAUAAAAGGUUUGGAUGAUGGAGUCUUGAAUGGGGCAGAGAAUUGGGUUUCAAGAUUGUGCACUGUGCUGAGUGAUAGAGUAGCUUCCAUUGCUGGCUCACAUCGGUUUGGUGUUUAUGAAACUGAUUUUGGAUGGGGAAUACCAAAAAAGGUCGAUCUUGUUUCUAUAGAUAGGACAGGAGCAAUCUCCCUUUCAGAUACCAAUGAUAGUGAUGGAGGUUUGGACGUUGGAUUGGUUUUACAAAAACAUCAUACAGAAGUUUUUGCUUCUCUAUUUGCCAAAGGUCUUGAGAACCUUUGAAGCCAUUAGCCAUAAUGGUGUUAACGCUGUGGGCUGUUUGGCAACUGCAGAAACAAUAGGGAUAUUGGGAGAAGAUGGGUUGUUAGGAGGGGCGGGUCUGAUUGGAAUCUUCAAUUAUCAUGAUCAUCAACUUUAAGUCAUGUGCCCUCUUCUUCAAACUUUUAAGUUAUAUGCAUACAUGGUGAUCACAACUGCAUAUGCAUGUCUUAGGAAGCAAUGAGUUGUAGAGCGGGUUUAAAUUUAAAUAAAUGAAACUUCAUUUGGUGAAUUAGGUUUAUAGACAAAUUUGAUGAGUAUAGAGUAUAACAUGUCCGGCCGGUAAGUGAACUAAAGAUGUGAAGUCAAACUUUUCUAGGUAAAUUUUUUUUUAGCCGGCUAACUAGUAGUCUUGUAGUUAUUCACUCCAUAAUGUUGGAUAAGUCCUCAGAGUAUGAUUUUGUAUGUGAGGACAGAGUAAUAUGUUUCCAUACCUGUCUUGAUCAGAAACCUUCAACCGUGAUCCUUUCUGAAUAAACAUUACGUAUGUAAGUAGUAAGUACUACAAUAAAUGUAUUUAGAGUAUUUUAGACUUUAUUUAUACAUAUCAUGUGUAUGAGUGUAUCUUUCACUCAAAUGUCAUUACAUGUAUAUAUUUUUAACUUAAUUUA